AUGUCUGGUGCUCUUGCGGUGAAACAACAACUAAGAUCCAGAGGCAUUCGUAUUGAUCCUACAUGCCCGGUGUGUGGCUAUGCUCCUGAGAGUAUUUGUCUUAUGAUGUUUCCAUGCCCUAAAGAGAAAGAGGUGUGGGCGCAGUCUCAAGUAACGCUGCCUCCAGGUGGUUUCUCCCAAAACUCUGUGUUUCUGAAUCUCCAUUAUCUUAUUGCUAAUAGUGGUAAGCGGGAUUUGGACCCAAAGUGGAGAUUAUCAUUCCCAUGGAUUCUUUGGCAUGUGUGGAAAGCAAGGAACCUCCUCUGCUUUGAAAAGAUAAGCCUCUCGGCUGACGAAAUCUUAUCUAAAGCUACGGAGGAAGCGAUGAUCUGGCUAUCCUUGAGCUCAACAGAAUUGGAGAAGGUGCAGGAGUUGAAUGUGGGAACUGGUAAUGUGGAAUGCUGGAAAAAAACCCCUCAGGGGUUUGUUAAGUGUAACAUAGGUGUCUCCUGGUCUCCAAACUCAAAGCUUGGUGGGGCGGCCUGGUUGUUGAGAGAUCACAAUGGUAAAGCCUUGUUGCAUAGUCGACAUGCUUUCUCCGGAACUAUGUCUGAACAACAGGCUUCCUUAAUGGCCUUCUCGUGGGCAGUAGCGGCCCUGACCGGAAGCGGAGGAAGCUCAAGCUUCUGGCCUUCACUUUUUAAAGAAAUAUUCCGGCCAAUUAUUUAA